CUUGCUCAUGACAUUAAGCAUGACAAUGUGGCGUCUUUUUAUGAAUGGUAUGAGACUAGCAACCAUUUGUGGCUGGUGGUGGAGAUGUGCACAGGUGGAUCCCUGGCAGCGCUGGUUGCUCAAGAUGAGUGCCUGUCUGAAGAAGUAGUGCGAGAGUUUUCCAUCGACUUGAUGAAAGGUCUUAAAUACAUCCACGACUCUGGCAUUGUUGUCUCGGAUCUCACACCUGCAAAGAUUUUGUUGGAUGGACCAGGAACUCUGAAGUACUCUAAUUUCUGCCUGGCCAAGGCUCAAGGAGAAUGUCUGGAGGAGUUCUUCUCUCUUGUGAUGGCAGAGGAGAUGGGAGCUGGAGACAGCAAGGAGAAUAUUAUCUCUCCACAAAACAUCAAGAACAGAAUUAAAGGUUCUCCUGUGUAUUGUGCUCCUGAGGUGCUGAGAGGAGCAGACACCAGUGUCUGCAGUGACCUGUGGGCUUUAGGCUGCAUCCUAUAUGAGAUGUUCACAGGAAAACCACCCUUUGUCUCUGAGAGUAUGACCGGACUAGCUGAUCUCAUUUUAAAUGAAGGUCCUCCACCCCUAAGACAAAAAGAACCUGCUUUCUCACAGCCCAGUCCAGAGUUUGAGAGCCUAGUAAUGGGUUUACUUCAGAAAGACCCUGUGAAAAGGUUAAGCUGGGACCCUUUAUUAUCUCACCCGUUCUGGAGGGAAGCAUUUUCAGAGACAUGCAUCACUGUGGAAAAAGAGCAAGAUGAUGUCUCACCAAUGUCCAGGUAUAUUUGA